GCCACUCUGUUAGGAACAAGGAACAUCAGUAGCUUCGCUGGUGCUAUUAACACUAAUGGCACAUUAGCGCAAAGACAGGGCUGCAUACGGCGAGUUGCGUCUUGCUUGGCAGUUAACGUUCGUUGGCGUGGGAAACGGCGGUUCUAGUGCUAAACCGCUACCGAAAAGACUAUAAAAGCUGCGCCGACAAAAUAAAAGCGCCCAGUCAGGUUCUAAAUCAUAACCUUUUGUUUUGACUAUCGGUCCAGCUCCGUAUGGGACAGCUUCUGGGUACGGACCCGGACCGCGGUCCGCCUGGCCUCUGCUCUAAGGCUUUACUCCCGAGCAUGUGUUACUGCAUUACCGAAACUGAAUGUUUGGUGUACACAUUUUUUUUCUUCAAUAAAGUUGAUUGUAAUAAAAGUUUUUAUCCGUGUUUAGUUGCAUUGUCUUAGCAAGUUCACUUCUUUUUCCGUCCAUGUAAUUUUCAAUGUGGUGACGUAAUCCAUCUAACAAGUUCGAAUCGCGUGGCUGCCUUGGCCGCGUUCUAAGACUGAUGACGCCAGUGUACACGUAAUUUAGAACGCGAGCGCUCACUACCCAUUUCGAGUAUUCCACGGGUUAGUUACGGAUCGCGCUUCUCUUCUGGUGAAAUCAUGUCUGUCAGUGAACCUUCCCGCGCUCAGAUGGCAUCGGAAGUGCCUGAGAUUCUGGUAGAUCCCAAGACAUUAAGGUCCUACGGCAGGGAUGAGCUUUUGGGACAGGGCGCUUGUGGCAAAUGCUAUAAGAUGACCGAUCUUGAAACUGGCGACACCUAUGCUGUUAAGGUCAUCCGGCUAUAUUCCUGGGGAGUGGAGGAGGUCUGUGAAGAAGUACAGAUUUUAAAAACACUGCGGCACAAGAAUGUGGUGGGGUUCUCCCACUCUUUCGAAGAUGACAAAUUCAUGUAUAUUUUCAUGGAGUUGUGCAGUGGGCAGACACUCGGUGACAUUUUAAAAGCUCGGGGGACUUUGACUGAGCCCGAAGUGCGAUACUACAUUAACCAGCUGAUUUCAGGGUUAACAUACAUCCACCGGCAAGGUUACGUCCACAGGGACAUCAAGUUGGAAAAUUUAUUUAUCAAUGACCAAAUGGAACUGAAAAUUGGGGAUUUCGGACUGGCGGUCAAGCUGAAGCCGAGGGAGAAAGAAGUGUGUGGUACUCCCGUCUACAUGGCUCCAGAAGUGUGGAAACGAGAGGGCCAUGGAACGGAAGCGGACGUCUGGGCACUGGGCUGUGUCAUAAUCUCUCUAUUGAAGCUGGGAAACUGAUGGGCAAGAUAUUUAGAAUCGACCCACGGGAUCGCCCGUCACUAUCGAAUGUCCGUCGCCACAAGUUCUUCACAAAGGGCUUCACUCCAAAGGCACUGCCAGCUAGUAGCUGCAAUACACCACCACAGCAUAAAGCAGUCAACCCAUUCAAAAAGAUUUUCAACCGUUUCAUGCGCCUGAUACGAAAAAAGCGAUCCAGAGUUGAGCCUUUACGGGAGGAUGCCGAGCAGAGUGGACUUGAGAUCCCCCAGCCUGUGGAGUCACUCCGUGUUCUAGAGGAUGUCAACAGACCAAUGAACAAAUUGACCUGGUCCAGUUGGUCAAAGUGGUUGAGGGACCUGUAGGCAGGCUGUACUCAGCAAGUGCAGUGACGCCCCACACCUGAGUGCCUCCCCCAGCUCCCUGUCCACUCCUGUUUCAAUAAAGUUCUUUUGUGUUUCAAGCAUUCAGGCAUGGAUUCAGUUUUUUUCUUGUAUGAUUAU